CAUCUCUCCAAUAUAAUUCCCCCCUUUUGAAAUUCCCUUUUCUCUCAGAAAUCAGAUCAGCAUCAAAUUGAAAUUGAAUGGCGCUGGAAUGGGUAGUCCUCGGUUACUCCGCCGCCGCAGAGGCAAUCAUGCUUCUCUUCCUCACCCUCCCAGGCCUUGACCCCAUACGGAAGGGCCUAAUCACCGUCACCCAGGGCCUCCUCAAACCCUUCCUCUCCAUCGUCCCCUUCUGCCUCUUCCUCCUCAUGGAUAUCUACUGGAAGUACGAGACCCGACCCACCUGCGAGUCCGAUUCCUGCUCCCCCUCAGAGCACCUCCGCCACCAGAAAUCAAUCAUGAAAUCUCAGCGCAACGCGCUCCUCAUCGCCUCCGCCCUCAUCUUCUACUGGCUGCUCUACUCCGUCACGCUGCUCGUCGUAAAGAUCGAUCGCCUCAAAAAUAGGAUCGAAAAGCACGCCUGAUUCCCAAAUCGCCCAUCUUGUUGGUAUUCUUAAUUGAGUUUAAUUGUUAGGAUCUGUUUGACUGUUGGAUGUAUUUCGUAUCAUCAUUUCCUAGCUAAUAUUGACCGCUUUAAAUUUGACGUUUCCUGCCAUCCUGUGAUUGUUUAUCAUCAUUGAAUUCUGAUCUGUAUC